AUGUCUAUACCACAAGUCGACGAACAAUACCUGACUAAUUUAGCCGUCUUAUUAAAGCAAACCAUAGAUCCUAAUACCAGGAAAACAGGCAGGCAUACACUUACUUUUGUUCUUUACUUCCUCUUGGAUAAAUGCUCACAUUCCUUACAUUCUUGUCUAAUAGCUGAAGCAAAUUUGGCGACAGCUCAAAAUGAACAACCUAACUUUGUUAUUGCCAUUCUGAGACUUGUAGCAGCUGAAGGUGCUGAACAAGUAGUUCGCCACGCCUCGGCUUUAUACUUUAAAAAUUACAUUAAACGAAACUGGGUACCGGAAGAUGAAGAGUCCAAUAGACUUUCUGACGAAAACAGAGCAUGGAUAAAAGCAAAUAUUAUUGAUGUAUUGGUUGGCAUUCCGAAUUAUCUCCAAUUACCAUUGAUCGACUCCGUAACCAUAAUAGCUGAGAAUGAUUUUCCACAUCAAUGGGAGAAUUUAAUUCAGCAAUUGAUCAGUAAAUUCAAUACUGAAAAUUUUGCACAAAAUAACGCUGUAUUGGAAACAAUUCAUUCGAUAUUCAAAAGAUAUCGAUAUGAAUUUCGCUCCGACAAGUUGUACACGCAAAUUAAUAUCGUGUUAGAUCAAAUUUGUGAACCAUAUUUUCAACUGUUUAAGGCCACAGAUUUACUAAUCACACAACAUGCUAAUGAUGGUUCAAUUCUUGGUGUCCUGACACAAACGCUACUUCUCUUAACAAAAAUUUUUUACGAUCUCAAUUGUCAAGAUCUACCGCCAUUUUUUGAAGAUAACAUCAAUGAAUUCAUGGACGUGUUUCAUAAUUAUUUAACAUAUUCAAAUCCUUUGUUGGAAUCGCAAGAUGAAGAUGAAACUGGCCCAUUAGAGAAAAUAAAAUCAUCUAUAUGUGAGAUUGUGUCACUUUAUACCGGAAAAUAUGAAGAUACAUUCACCAUGCUACCGAAAUUCGUUCAGACAAUAUGGACACUAUUGACCACCACUAGCUUGCAGCAGAAAUAUGACAUUCUUGUUAGUAAAGCCAUGGGUUUUCUAACUACAGUAGUAAGGUUAGAAAGAUAUCGAACGCUCUUUCAAAACGAAGAAACUCUCCAGCAGUUCUGUGAGAGGAUUAUUCUUCCCAAUAUGUCUUUGAGAGAAUCGGACGAAGAAUUAUUCUCCGAGGAUCCAAUCGAGUAUAUCAGAAGAGAUCUCGAAGGGUCAGAUAGUGAUACUCGCCGAAGAGCUGCGACUGAUUUCGUGCGCGGGUUAAUGAUUCUCUAUCUGCAACCAAUUACUCAAAUUGUCAAUAAUUAUAUUGGUGCCUAUCUCCAGCGUUAUAAAGAAAAUCCUUCCCUUUGGAAAGACAAGGACACGGCGAUCUAUCUUUUAACAUCGAUAGCCGCCCAAGGAACUGCUACAAAACAUGGAGUGACCCAAGUUAACAUGCUAUUGGAUGUUGUGGAUUGGUUCUCCAAAAAUGUUUUACCAGAUUUCCAGACCCCUGUUGAUUCGGAACCUGCUGUAUUGAAAGUUGAUGCAAUUAAAUAUCUUUAUACCUUUAGAAAUCAGAUGUCCAAGGAACAACUAGUUGCUGUAUUGCCAGCCCUCAUUAAGCAUCUCUCCUCUACCAAUUAUGUCGUUCAUACAUAUGCAGCCAUAGCAAUUGAACGCAUAUUAUUUACCCCUGCCGAUAUUGACGAAUAUGUUCAGACUAUCUUGGUGAGCUUAUUUAGAUUGAUUGAAGCUGGAACGACACCUGAAACUCUGGCCGAAAAUGAUUAUUUAAUGAAAGCGAUAAUGCGAGUGAUUUUCACUUCUCGUGAACGAAUUUCAAACCUUGCACCGGAAGUGAUCGAACAUUUGAGUAGAAUAUUGAGCCAAAUCAGUAAGAAUCCGAGUAAUCCCCGGUUCAAUCAUUACGUAUUUGAAUCGAUCGGUGGAUUGGUGAGGUGUGAAAAUUUCAAAAACAAUCUUGCUUUAGUGACACAAUUUGAGAGCGUUUUGUUCCCACCAUUUGACCAAAUUCUUCGUCAGGAAGUUACUGAAUUUAUUCCGUACGUCUUUCAAAUAUUAUCCCAAUUACUUGAAUGUCAUACGGAACAUGAUUUACCACAAAUGUAUCGCGAUAUGCUGCCAGCUAUUCUCAUGCCUAAUAUCUGGAGUUCUAGUGGCAACGUUCCAGCUUUAGUUCGUUGGCUCCAGGCAUAUCUUUAUCGUGGCGCUUCCUCUAUAGCCACACAAAAUCAACUUGUCCCAAUAUUAGGAAUAUUUCAAAAACUACUGGCUUCUAAAUUAAAUGAUCAAUAUGCGCUAGACUUAUUGACCACGAUAGUAGAAUAUAUUUCUACUGUAAAUUUGGAUCAGUAUAUGCAAGCUAUUAUAUCAUUGCUGAUGAAAAAGCUUUCCACGAUCAAGAGUGAAAAAUUCACGAUACGCUUUAUAAAUUUCCUGUGUUAUUUCGUUGCCUUGAAUAAAGAGGGAGCCGGACCAGACUAUAUUAUUAACGCUUUUGAUAGUAUUCAACCAGGAUUAUUCUUGCAAGUUUUAACUUCCAUUGUGAUCCUCAAUCUGCAAAAAGUUCAAGGUCAGAUUGAACGACAUAUAUGUGCGGUGGCAUUGACGCGUUUAUUGACACAAAGCAAUACAAUGUUAUCACCUAGUUAUAUUGAACAAUGGUCAAGCAUUUUAACUGCGGUGAUCAAGUUAUUUGAGGCUCCAGUCGAAAUCAAGAAAAAUGGAAUCGAGGAAGAACAAGAAGAAUACAUCGAUUUCGAAUUAGAAGAAGAAACAGAAUUCAAAGCCGCUUUCAAUAAGCUGGUUACUGCUAGUAGGUCGAAACGGGAUCCAACUGGCAUACCUAACGCACGUGAAUUUCUGGCGCGCUCGGUGUAUACACUAAGCCAGACUCAUCCUGGAAGGAUAAGUGAAAUUGUCAAUAAAGAAAUUCCGCAAGAAUGUGCCCUGUAUUUGAAUCAGUAUAUGAUAAAUGCGGGUGUUGGGACAUUAGGUUGA